AUGCCUACUAAACGCAGCAUCGUGCCCAGUUGGCUGGGUAAGUACGGUGUGAAAGAAGUCAAUGGGCGGGCGUUAUGUGUAAAAUGUCAACACGUAUAUGCAGCAGAGUCUAUAAAGCCCAACAAACUUCAGUGCCAUUUAGAGACACAUAGAAAUAUAUUCGCUUUGUCAGAAGAUGCUCGCAAGCGAGUAUUCAAGAAACUUGCCGCCAAUCUUGAUAAAUCACAACAAAUAACGAUGGGAAGUUUAAAUGACGAACAGAAAAGACAAAUAUUUGUUCUGAAAACGGCCUUCCUAAUCGCGAAAUCCAAACGACCGUAUGUCGAGGGUGAAGUAAUGAUAAAGCCGAGCCUCCAGAAUUUCGUCGAAUUGUUUGAAGGUGAAUCGUUCAACAGGAAAGUGAAGACAGCGGCCGACAGCGUAACGCUGAGUGAUACGACAGUAUGGAGAAGAACUGUUGAUUGUGCAAAUGAUAUUUCACAGCAAGUUAUUUCAGAUUUCAAAGAAUCGCCCCAAAAGAGUAUUGCCUUGGAUGAAUCAACUGACAAUACUUCGCAGCCACAGCUGGCAUUAUAUGGGAGAUAUAUAAGUCCACAAGAAGACUUGAAAGAGGAGUUACUUGAGGUACUAACGUUGGAAACGACGACUAAAGGACAAGAUAUUUUCGAUAUUGUUAGCAGAUUUUUCACGUUGAGUGGCAUUGAAUGGGGAUCCAUCAGCGAAUGCAACAUAGACGGUGCACCAGCUAUGAUUGGUAAUAUGAACGGAUUUAAACGGCGAGUGAAGCGAGUGAAUCCCGACAUGAAAUUCAACCACUGCAUUAUUCAUCGGCAAGCCCUUGCGAGCAAGGACCUAUCGGUCGAAUUUGAAAAUGUGAUGGUCAUCAUAAUCAAUUUCGUGAAAGCGAGAUAUUUGAAUGCACGCCUCUUCAAAAAAAUCUGCGAAGAAAAUGAUGCCGAAUAUGAAACCUUGCUAUUUCACAAUACUGUGAGAUGGCUGUCACGUGGUCGCGCUCUGAAGCGGGUGUUCUUACUUCGAGAGGAACUUUAUCAAUUUUUGACAGAGAAGGGGCAUAUAAAUGCCACUAAAUUCAACGAUCCUCAUUUUUUGGCUAAGCUGGCGUUCUUGACUGACGUAUUUACUCAUAUGAACUUCCUCAAUACAAAUCUACAAGGACGGGGAAAGUUUGUGUUCGAGUUACACAACAGCAUCCGUGGUUUCAUAAACAAGCUUGGCGUGCUACGAGAAGAAGCAAUCCAGGACAAUUUUAUACACUUCGAAUGUUUCUUGGAACUGAUCUGCUUUCUCAAUGAUGACGAUAUUGACUUCACGCCCGAAGUCCGGAUUCUGUGCGACUAUUUACAAAAACUUGCAACUAAUUUCCAAGAACGAUUUCCAGGUCUAGAGGUGGAAGAUUUCACAAUCAUACAGGCGCCGUUUACCGGAAAACCACGCGGAGAGUUUGCAAUGGAACUGAGCCAACUCCAAGCGAAACCAGUUGCCAAACUGGAAUUUGAUUCAGAUCUAUCAAAAUUUUGGCUAGGUCUCAGCGAAGAACAAUAUCCAGAACUAAAAUCAAUGGCUCAGAAG